AUUGUUUACCAUAUCUGCCGCGCCCACUCACAAGGAGGAUGUCGGAACCGCCCUGCUACGUAGACGCGAGAUACUCGUAGAAUUCGGAUGAUCUGAACUACAACGCUUCGCUGGGAUCAACCUAGAGGAUACCGCUACGCGAUAGCGCGCAGACCAUGCGGCGACCAUUAGUGCAAGGGAGCCAUACUUCGCCUUUUCUUAGGGAUCUCAUAGUCCGAGCCGUCUCCGUUUCCGCUAGCUCCGCUUCCGCUUGUUCCGCUUCCGCUCCACCCGUAAACGAAUCCUCCUACGCGGGAGUAUCGACACUUGCGGAGGGAUCACCCGGCGUGGAAGGAUCAGCACAGGCGGAAGGAGCACCAAGGGCGGAAGGAUCUGCACGCGCGGAAGGAUCACGGUGCGCGGAAGCCGCGGCAGCAUGGAACUGGAUCUCGCGGCCAGCCGCGCGGGAGGUGGUGCGGAGAGCCGUGGCGGGGGGCGGGGGAGUGGCGGAGGGGGAGAUUGGGUGGGGGAAGCUGCUGGGGGGACCCGCGCUGGAGGUGGGCGUGCGGUUAUCGGGGAAGGGGCUUCCUCGAAGGGUCGUGGUGGUGCACGGGCCAAGGGGCGUGGGGAAGAAAAGCCUGAUAGAAGAUCUGGUGAACGGAUGGGUUAAGAGCGGUGCUCCAGUUGCUUAUGUCGACCUGGAAAGGCAUCUCGCUCCCCCCUCGCCACCGCACUGCACACUGCAGCACCCCUUGUCACCGCACUCUUUCCCCACAAGCCCUCCAUCAAGCCAAAUUACUCCAACUCCAAGCCAAAUCUCGUACCAAACCUCGCACCAAACCUCUCACCAAGCCUCUCACCAAACCUCACCCCUGGCCUCGUCGCCUCCCAAUGCACAUGGUCUGGAAAUCCCACGGUUGCCUUCCUGGACCCUUCCUCCUCCUCUGUUGCCUACAUUCACGCCUACAGUCACACCUCCUGCUACAGUCACACCCUCUCAGCCGCAGGUGUCUUCUCUUCGGCGAGACAUCGAGUCAGCUCUUGAAUCGCUCGUGCUGCGUGCUAUUAAAGAGAGGCGUCUACAGUCACACGACCUGCUACAGUCACUGCAGCGGCGGGUGCACGUGGAAAUUUCCCUAGAGACGCUUCUUGCUGGGGGGGUGGGAGGAUCCGCGGGGAGAAAAAGGGAGGAGGCAGAAGGUAGGGGUGAGGGGAAGGGAGCUGAGGAGCUUUGGGAGGAAUGCUGGCGACUGGUGCAGCGUUGGUUGCAGGAGCAGGUGCAGGGCUGUGAUUCUAUGGAGAGUGCUUUUGGCAGAGAUGAGCUCUUAUCAAUGGCGUGGGCACAGGAAGCGGAGGAGGAGCAAGGGGGGCAAGGGGGACAAGGGGCGCAAGGGGCGCAAGGGGCGCAAGGGGGGAGAGAGCAAAAAUGGAACGGCCAGUUGAAUUCUCCUCACGCCGGUCCAAAGGGCGCUCAACAACCUGCUCUCACCGCUGCCGAACCUGCCUCUUCAGUCAUCGCAAGCCUGUGCCUAGCCAAACAGCUGCUUCGGAUACAGGAGGUUCGGCGGUGGAGGCUCGGAGGGCAGGGUGGAGAUUGGAGACGGGGGGAUGCGGAGGCGGCUAUAGCGUGGAGUGGGUUGUUGAUUGACCUGCUGGUGCUGGCGGGAGGCACCAGGAAGAGCAGCAAGCUGCGGUGGCGGCACAAGCCCUUCCAUCCCAUCCUCGUCAUUAAUGGCUUCCACGUGCUGCGCCAUGCGCCAUCCGGUCAUGCGCCAUCCAGUCAUGCGCCAUCCGGUCAUGCGCCAUCCGGUCAUGUGCCAUCCGGUCAUGUGCCACCUACAUUGCAAGAUUUCCCGGCACCAGCAGCACCAGCACCAGCAGCACCAGCACCAGCAGCAGCACCAGCACCAGCACCAGCAGCACCAGCACCCGCACCAGCACCAGCACCAGCAGCAGCGUCAGAAGCAGCGAACAGGGCCCCAACAACCAUGUGUGAAGGGGCUGACUUUCACGAUGCCUUGCUCCUCCGCCUCCUCACGGCCACAGCCACGGGAAGGGAGGCUGCACCCAGGGCGCUUCUCUCCUCCUCUGACAGUUACUACUCGGAUCAGUUAUUCGCUGACUUUGGCACCCAGGCCCUUUUCCACCCACAUGAGCUGUUUGGCUGGCUGCCAGAGGAAGCAUCCGUGCACCUAGUGCCCUCUACCUUCACUCCCCUCCAGUGGAAGAUGGUCUCCGCUGUGAUUGGCUCCAACCCCCGCCACCUGGCAGAGUUUCAUUCACUGUGGAACGGGUGGUCAGGAGCAGAGGAGGAGGACGAGUUGGAGCGAGUGGAUAACUGCAUUGACCACUACCUGGCUUACUUGCAUGCAGCGGAGGUGGAACCGGCCAUGGAAGCAGCACUCACCCAUCUAGAAAGGUUCGGAGAACAGCUAGCUUUGGGAGAGCAGCCUCGGUGGGCGGCUAGGUUCGGCAGCCCCUGGAACAACCCCCCAGGCGUGUGGGGGAGGUGGUGGUCGGAGCUUAGGAGGGGGAGAGGAAGAGAUCGAGUGAAGUGGACCCCAGAAUCUGGGUAUGGCGUAGUUCGAGGAGAGGGGCAAACGAGACGAGAAUCAUCACAAGCGGAAUCUAGCGAGCGGGAAUGGGGAGUGAAGAGUGAGACGGAGGAGGACGAGGAGGAGGAGAGGUGGAUGGAGGAGGAGCAGGAGGAGAGGGGGGAGUAUCGACUCCGGGUGAGGGAGUGGGCGCGGCUUCAGAUGAUGGACUUCAUUCAUGCGCUGGCGAAUGCUGAAUUCGGGGUGAAUUAUGGCAAAGAUUCAGGCGAGGAGUUUAUGGAGGAUCCGGCAGCUGUUGCAUUGCUCAAAGUGGGGUUGCUGUACCAGCAACGGGACCCCAUGUACGUCCGACCGACGUCUGCUGCUUUUCAACGAUGUCUCACUCGCUGGCUAGUGCGUGAGAAGAUUCGACUUGGACCACUUCGAAGUGCCAAGCUUAAUUGGAUGAGGAUUUCGCGUGGACGUCACUACCGACAUUUGAUGCUAGAAUGACAUGAGAAUCUUGUUGGCAGCAAGAUGAACAGUGCAGAGUAGUGGAGUGCAGUGCAGUACAUCUACUGCGUAGAGCAGUGCAUGUAUUCUGUGGAUCUGUAUUCUCUGAAGUUUUCUCCAAUUUUCCUGUAACGAAGACUGACGAGCCGCUGCUACUGUCCCGCCAGAUGGGAUGUGAGGUG